AUGGGGAAAUGCAGAAACGACAGACAUGACUCCAACUCAUCCGAGCAAACCAAAAACACGAACCAAUCCCAAAAAUGCGAGAUGCAAAAAAAGAGCUUCCUAUUCCGCGUAUUCAAUGCAUAUAUGAGAACUCCCUCGAAAGCAGCGAAAAAAUGGGAUCUCAUGGGAUCCAAUGUCCAGAACCAGCAUUCCGACUCGCACAAGCAGCUGGUCCAGCACCGAGUUUAUCUCUUUCCGCGAGCCAGCCUGAAGAUCAAACACGCUGAGAUGAGAUUCGUAACCAGCUGGGCCAGCCCUCAGACAGCCCGUCUGGCACUGGGGAAAGUGGCUGAGCUGGAGAUAAGUCAAUUAACUACGGAGUAA